CUUCCUCCACGGCACAAGCCCCAAGGAAAAACUAGAAGCAGGGGGAGGUUUGUGGUCUCUGAAAACUUUGGCCAGAGGACACUGAAAAGCCUCAAGUAGGCGACAACUGGGGGCUUGUCAGAGUCAGUCUCUCUCUCUGACAUAACCCCACUUUAAUCAAAAGCUCAUGGCUUCUUUCUCUUCUUCUUCCUCCUCUCACUCAUUUGGGUCAUUUCACUUCUCUGCUUUUAUAACUCUGGACGAAGUGGGUGUCUGAAUCUGUGACAAAGUUGGCAUCUUUUAAAAAAAAAAAUGGAGGGCACCCAAGUCGUGAGAGUGAAGCGUGAGGUGGAUGAAGAGGAGCCGUUGAUCAAGCUCGGCCUUGCGGUCGGCGGCGGUGGAGGGGGAGGAGGAGGGAAGAGGAGGAGUGAGUUUACUGCGGCGCAGGUGGAGGAGUUGGAGCAGCAGAGGCUUAUUUAUAAGUACAUAGCUGCUGGGUUGCCUCCUCCUUUUCACCUUGUGCUUCCUGUUUGGAAGAGUGUGGCUGCUACUCUCUCGAAUGCUGUUUUCUACCAGCGGUAUCCUAGCUUUUUAAGAUAUGGGAGCGUCGACUACGGAAGUAAAAUGGAUCCUGAGCCAGGAAGGUGUAGAAGAACUGAUGGAAAGAAAUGGAGGUGUAGUAGGGAUGUAUUCCCUGAUGAGAGGUACUGUGAGAGACAUAGGCACAGAGGGCGCCAGCGUUCAAGAAAGCCUGUGGAAAGUUGUGAAGUCACUUCUCUUCCAAGCACAGAACUUCUUAAGAUUUCAGACGAAGAAUUGGCGAAUUCACAGAAAAAACUUCAGAGUCAAACUGCAAAAGGCCUUCAACGUAUGGCACAGUCCUCCAACAAUGGUAGUAGUACCAGUCACACUAGAUGUCAUGAGUUACCUGAGAACGUCGUGACAGUUGCAAACAUUACCAGUACACUGUCCUACAGAGCCGCUAUCACCACUGUUGCUGCUGCCCCUUCCCCCACUGCUGGACGAAUGACUGCAACCACCAGUGCUUGCAUUGACGACAACAUCUGGAUAAAUGCGAAAGACUAUGGUUGGAACUAUGCUAAAAAUAUUGGCAUUAUCAGAGGAAGUAGAAACAACAUCAAUGCUGGCUUCUCCCCGAAAAGUGUUCUUCAGGCAGAACAUAUGAUUCCUGUAACUUGCAAUGGCUUAUACAUUGACAAUGGUAGUGAAGAACUAGAAUCAGGCAGGUGUAGGAGGACAGAUGGAAAGAAGUGGCGGUGCAAAAAGAAUGUUAUUCCUGAUCAGAAGUACUGUGACCGGCAUAUUCACAGAGGAGUUAAGCAAAUGAGAACCUCCGGCCCUGUUGCUACUGCUUCUACAUCAGCUACUGCAAUGAAUUCUACUCGGCCCUCUCAGAUCACGCGAAUUGCUGGAGAGAUCCUUAAUACAAAUCUCACCAUGUCCAUCCUAGCAAGAUCACCACUGAUGCAAAAUGAUGAAAAAAGCAAUUCAAGCAGUGACAGUGAUGCAACCUUAACAGACACCAGCCUCGCUGCUUACGAACAGCUGACUUAGGUACCUCUGUAGCCAAUUUCUACUAGCAAAGGAAUAUCAAAACCAAGAAAAAAAAGGAAUUGGACUUCAUGCAUGCCCAAGUAGCUUUUAUGUUGGUUAAAACAAAAUUGGUGCAAUGUGGGGAGAUACUAUAGCGCAUGCUGCACAAACUUGACACCAUGUUCACGUUCUCGUGUAUUUUAGUAUACUGGUAUUCUAAUUAACAGCACCAGGGACAUCAGUAUGAAAAUAAAUAUAUAAUAACAAAUGACUUUUUUCAUUUUGUUUAGGUUGGUAGUGUAUUAGUAUGCAAAGACCAAAGUUUCUAGGACAUGCAUUUCAUGAUUUGAUGAGCAGUUUUUUUAAGCAUGAUGAUCCUUGUAUU